UUCCUUAACAAAGAGAAAAACAGAGCAAUCUGUUUCUGUUGAACAAUAUAGAAUAGAAAAUCAAAAUCUUCAGAAACAAUGGCCGCCGAGUACAUGUUCACUGACGAUGACAUGGUCGUCGACGACGGAGUCGGGUACCCGAAAGCUUACGCGAAAAUCUGUAGAGACCGCGGCGUCGGUUUACACACUCAUGGCCCUCCCUUUUGUUUCAGGCCUUACAGUUUGCAGCCGGAUGAGACUUUGAGAGCUAAAGAAUUAGAAAAGAUGUUCCCAAUUAUUGAUCCGAAAGCGAAACCAACUAACAAGCCGAAGAUUUUUCUGAGUCUAUUGUGGAAACAACUCAACCAUCUUGGGAAUGCUGGGUUUGAUCCUGCGGUGAUUCGAGUAGACCCUUAUGGAAAUGUGUUGUACUAUCAUGCUGAUUCUGCUUCUCCUCUUGCUUGGGACAUUGAUCACUGGUUUCCUUGCUCAAGGGGAGGAUUGACAGUUCCGAGCAAUUUGAGGAUAAUACAACGGCAAGUGUACAAAAGAAAGCAUCAUAAGCUUGAGUUUCUUGUACCUUGGUGGGAUUUGCAACUGGGUAUAUCUAUAAACCAGUUCUUGUCAAUCUUUGCUUCUUCAAAUUCGGAUUUCAGGCAUAGGGCGUUUUCAUUCUUGUUCUUGGAAGGUGAAAAUGAAGAGAUAAAUGACUCACAGACUGUUGAGUCACAUUGUUUUCCGCAUCAUUUCAUAGAAUCGAAAGAGAAAUUAGGCCUAGCUCCAGCAGCCAUUGUACUUUCUCGAAGGGAGUCUCAUGAUUCUUCUAUGGCCUUAAAAUCAUUGGAUUACAAUAGGCAGAUGAGGUCACAAUCUCCUGCAAUUGCGAGAAAAGGGAAACAAAAUGUCUCGAAAGAAAAUGAGAACCCGGACUUUGUUACAAAUCCAUAUCAAGCUAUUGUUUUGGCCAGGGAUUCCGUGAAACAAAGAGAAGAAAGUCAAAAGAUGCAAUUUGAAAUACAGAAAUUGGAGGAUGAUGUGAGUGAUAUGAGGAGAAAAAAUGAAGAAGAAAAGCUUGCCAUUCAAGACCUGGAGUUCGAGCUGAUAAAACGUAGAAGAAGAGCAGAAAAGUGCAGGCGCCUAGCAGAAGCACAAAAUUCAUAUAGGACGAUGCUCGAGAAGAUGAUUCGAGAUGCUAUGCACCAGAGUGUUGUUUAUAAGGAACAAGUGAGGUUGAACCAAGCUGCAACGAAUGCACUAAUGGCAAGGCUUGAAGCUCAGAAAGCUAUCUGUGAUGCCUCAGAAAAAGAACUUCACAAGAAAUUCAAGCAACGUGAAGAAAUUGAGAAUCAGAUAAGGCCUGAGUUGGAGCAAGCCAGGAAGAGAUCAAGAAUGGAGGAUACCUUGUUUGAAGAGAAAGACAGUAGAACAGUUCUUUAUCUUCCUGGAGUCAGGCCAAGAACACCCUUACACAAAGAACUGAGAAUGUUUCUAGAGGAGGAACAGAAAGCAUCAGAGGCUGGAUUGUCUUUAAGUGAUGAAAGGAAGCAUGAUGAAGUUGAAGAACUACCGAACCUGGGGAAAAUAUAUUCUAGAGAAAAAUUUGAGGAGCAUGAUAAGUCCAUUGUUGCCUUUGAGGAUCACAACUCUAUUGAAGAUCAGCUUAAGAGGCUAGAAAUUGGGAGAGAGAAAGGACUUCGUGAACCCGAAAUAGAGGAAGAUGAAGAGAGCAGAAAGCAGCGUGGGAAAGGGAAUGUCGAGAAGUGGCUGCAAAUGCUGUUGGACAACACUCAAGAAGAGCAGGAAUGUCAAGAUGAAAACCCAGUAGAAACAGGCAAGACUGACGACAUAAUAAAAAAGCUAGAUCAGAAGUAUCCGCAGAAAGACAAAGAUAUACAUGUACCUGAGGAGAAGGAUGUUGGAAAGAGGAAAGAAGAAAAGAUCAUUGAGAUAGAAGAGCCUGUGACAGAUAAAAUUAAUGCAGUAGAAGCAAGUAAUGUCAUUGAAGGAAUUGGAGGUAGCCAGAGCUUUGAAGGGAAGGAAAGAAUGGAGAAACAACAGGUGAAGGAGAAAUCGUUAGUGAGGUCAGAGAGUGCCAGGGGCUUUAGGAGAAUCCCAUCUUCUCCAUCUUUGAUCUUGAAAAAGGGAGUAGACUGCAUGCGCAAGAAGCCCCUGGUUAUUGGCGAAGAUGAGGGUUAUGAGGAUCAUACUGCUAGCAACAAUUUCAUCAAGUCAUCCAUCAAGAAUAUCAAGAGAGCAGUGAAGAUAUAAGACUUCCACUGUUAGGUCUAUACAUUUGUUUUGUAUCUAAAACAUUGUUACUUAUUUUUUUUUCAUUUGUUUUCAGUGAGCCCUAAUAAUUGAGUGAAUUUGAGUAUUCAAUUGUGUUAGUGUGUGUAUAAUAUUUGGUUGUGCCAGUUACAAUAACAGCUUGUUGUUUUAUAAAUAA